AUGCAUCAGUUCCGGGAGCUACAGGCAUUCACCCGCGAAGCUCUGAUGCUUGACAAUUCCAUCAUGCGUUUAACAACCGGUCAGUACACGCGCCAGAAUUUCAAAACAUUUCGCGAUCGCAGAAAGAUGGCCAAUAAGCAGAACGAUGCUCGGACACUCGGCAUUGACCAAGAAAUCUUCGCAGCUUUGCCUGACCGUAGUAUUGUAGAUUUGCAGGUUGCUCUCUACUUUCAGACCUGGGAGAACACUUACCGAGUCUUGCAUGAACCAUCGUUUUGGAAAGAGUACACCACCUUUUGGGAGCAAAGGGCUGUCGGCGGGUCUCCAAACCAACCUGGCUUCGCAGCCAUACUUCUACUCAUGAUCGCAAGUAUCAAAAGUUUGGCCCCGAAAGACGAUGUUUUCGAAGGUGACACGACCUCUGAUCGGCUGAUGGCUUCGAACAUCAUCGAUUUGUGUGAUGCCUGGAUUGGCAGACAACCACGCAAGCGUUUAACUCUACAGUUCUUUCAGAUAAGGAUCCUUUCGGUCCUCGCAAAGAGAGUCAACUGUGUCAAGCUCAAGCAAGCUGCUGGUAUGCAUCGAGACCCAUCACUUGUCACGGCCGGGAAGGUCCCACAAUUUGAACGAGAGAUGAAGAAGCGGCUAUGGAUCACCAUCAUGGAGCUAGAGCUGCAAUCCUCUCUUGAGAGUGGCCUUCAGUCUUCUCUUACGGCGCUCUAUUGGGACUCGCCGGCACCAGCGAAUGUUCCUGACGAUGCACUCACGACUGAGGUGCAAGAACUGCCAGCCAGUCGACCACUGGAAUACUUUACGUCCGCCUCGUAUCUCUGUGUCUCCGCAAAGUCCAUUCCACUCCGGCUACACUUGAUGCAAUUACUGAAUGACCCCUCUGCACGACUUCAAUACUCGGAAGUGUUGCAAUACGAUGCAGAGAUCCACGAACUACUUCGCAGUCUGCCUCAAUGGGACAUCCCCUCCGCUACCAUACCCAUGGCACUUCUCCGGCUUCAGUUGCGACAGUUUGUUUUCAUUCUCCAUCAAUCGUUUGCAAAGCUUGCGUCUCAAAACGAACGGUAUGCUUACUCUUUCACCGCAUGUGUUGAAUCCACGAGUGCGAUAGCCAACACCCACAACGAGCUGGUGUCGCAAGGUAUACUCGUGCUGAACAACAUGCGUAAUGACAUCAUCCGAACGGGACUGAUGCUGUCGCGAAUCGUUUACUUCAAUUGUGCCCUUCAUGGCCCUGUCAAAGCUUCAAGAUCAGCACCGGCACUAAAGACAUCGUAUUUCGCAGAUGGCCAAACACACUUUGCAGAUAUGCCAUCAGGUGAACAUCUGGCACCUGAUCUGGAGGUGUCGUUAGCAAUUGUUCCCCAACACUCCUUCCUUGCCCGCACGCUAUGUAUUUCUGCGAUUGAUGUCCUCAAUCUCGCUGGUCAAACGUAUGAACGAAAGGUUAUGCGCAUGGGUACGGGCUACAUGGAGUACUGGCUACUUACUGCGGCGAUCAACAUGCUACCGCCUUCGCCUUCGUCAUCUUCCAGUGCACAAACUAUAAGUCCUACCGAUGACAUCUCCGCGAGAUGUAGAAGGACCUUAGACCAAUUCAUGACGGUGGCACUGCGGAUGCUCGAAUUACAGAAAGAUCCAGAAGCUCGCUUCGCAUCAUCUCUUCGAACUACGUUAUCUAGCGUGUCGCCGUCAGAUGUGAGAACACCAAAGAGCGGAGGCGCGAGCAUAGCUGCUUCAAAUGUUGGGCUUGUAGGAAGUCAUGCGUCGAACAACGGACAACAUUUGACUGUAGGUGGUAUGGAGCUGAGUGAUGGCAACGACUCAAAAGGCAUGGAUGGAACGUUUGACACUUUGCAAGACAUGCAGGUCGAUCUUUCAGGGUGGACUUUUCCGGACUUUUGGGCUUUCGAUCUAAGUGGCGACUUCUGA